AUGAGGCUGCCCCGGGAAAGUGAUAUAGAUUGGCAGGGUUGCAAAACUGCCUCGCAAGAGAUCCUCAAGCACCUGCAGAAGCUGAACAUAACUAAAGUGGAAAAACCGUUAAACAUUUCAUUUCCUCGGCAGAUUGAAUGCAAUGAUCACUGUGAUCCUGAUUCUUUGGGCAAGAAUAGCAUGCUGUGCCUGAUGAAGAUUCGUCGGGGCCUUCACCGUUAUCAGGAACUUCUGACACAGUAUGCAAAGUCAGAUACUACAACUGGGCUCCGAACUGCUAUGUCUAAUUUGUUGCAGCUCCUUCAGGAAGUAAGUAUGUUUAUGAGGCAAAAGGAAGACAUUACAGGAACACUGCAACAAUGCAAGUGCAAGGACUUGUUAUCAUUACCUUACUACUUCUCAUGAAGGCAUUGACAAUGUUAGGAAAGGCUCUUAUUUUUACAAGGAGUAAAGUUACAUCCCUUACACCUCUACUGUUCUCAUAACCACACUGUAAACACAAGAAAAUCGGGCAAUUCCUCAAGAGGACCUAUAGCUCCAAAUGUCCCCCUUCAGCCCUGUUUAGUCACUGGCUCAAUUCUGCCAAAUGAUUUUCUGUAAUUCGAGCAUCCAAACGCAUUGCUGGGGUGUGCAUUCACAAGGACUGACGCCUUGAUAAUUGGGUAAAAUGCAGAUCUGACUUAUGUUCUUCUCUAACUACAGGAGGAAAGCAGCAGCCCAGCCAAAGAAAUUCAAGAAUGGGAGAAAUCGCAUGUAGUGGAUG